CUCCUUCCCCACACAAGCAACCCUCCGUCCUUCGAUUUCCACAACGAUUCUAUCGCUCGUCGCGGUGCAUCUUGUAGUGCAUACCGACGGUUUUGCCUCAUUGCCGCGUGGUGAUCGGUUUUGUUUCGGCUCAUACUUGUACUUGCCGGAUAAUCUUGCUGCAAAUAACUCGAUUUCCUUCCGGCUUCCCUCUGCAACGGGGCUGUUUCUUGCGUUAUUUCAUACAGCAGCUUCCGUGAUACGAAUUACGGCCUGCACAGCAACCUUCGGCGACGCUGUUAUCGUGCUCCAUCCUGUUACAAGCUACUUCCACGCUCCUUCUGCUCAGUCACCAUCCGCACUUUCCAACUUGUCUCAUUCUCCCUUAGCUUUCAAGACGGCGUCUCUCAACUCCCAAAUGAACUCUCUGAGAUACAUAUCGCGACAGUUCGAUGUCUUUGCUGUCCAAUCCAACUCAUCACCGGCUACUCCAUCCACGUCCUCUGAACUCUCUGGUCAUCAUGGCGUGGAUGAUGACUCGCGGCCCUCGCGGCCUAUCGGGGUGAGGAGGUCUUCAUUUCCCACCAUCUCACGGAAACGAUCAUCAGGGCGACUUCGUAAGAAGAGUCUUGGUUCUAAUAGUGCUCCUUCAACUCCCAUUCCAACCUUCCCGAUGCCUAGAGCAUCACCUAGUCCAAGGAGUAGACGACGACGACGAAUGCUCCUUAGAUCUUCGCUAUCAACGAUAUGGCAAUUGCUUUGCACGACCUGGCUUUGGCUGAGUCGGUCAA